AUGGCGGCACCGUAUCCCCAGGUCGUGCUCUUUGGCGACUCUUUAUGGGAGGGUUGUGUAGACGCUCAGGAUGGCUUCUCAUUCUACGCCACUCUCCAAAAACACUGCCUGCGACGGUAUGAUGUUGUCAACCGCGGCUUCUCGGGCUACAACACCUCCCAGGCCCUGAAGAUCUUCGAGCAUCUCUUCCCAGAGCCAGGCCCCAGCACGCCCAAGAUGGAGUACUUGAUCGUCCUCCUCGGUGCCAACGACGCGGCCCUCCCGCUAGACGACGACAAUCAGAGCGUGUCGCUGGAGCAGUACAAGGCGAACCUGGCGCGGCUGGUAGGCCACCCGCGCGUGGCGGCGCACGGGUGCAAGGUCCUGGUGGUGACGCCGCCGCCGCUGGACGAAAUCCGGCGGGCGGAGAUGGACAUCGCACAACACGGGCGGGCGGUGCGCGAGCAGGCCCGCAGCGCGGCGUACUCGCAGGCCGCGCGCGAGGUGGCGGCCGAGCUCGGGGAGUCGGCGGCCGCGGCAAAGGGGGCCGGGUCGGUGGUAUGUGUGGACCUGGCCAAGGCGCUCAUGGACCACGCCGUCGCCAACACGACCGGGUGGGACGCGAGCCAGCCGCCGCUCGGGUCGGCGGCGGCGGGCGGGCGCAGGGGCUACCUCGAGCAGCUGCUGCCCGACGGCCUGCACAUGAGCGGCGAGGCGUACCGCGUGCUGUGGGGGCUCGUCGAGGCCGAGAUCCAGCCGCGGUUCCCGAACGAGAAUACCGAGGGCUAUGUAUGGCCCGGGUGGAGGGAGGCACCGUGGCUGGAGCCGGGGCAGACUGUUGAGGAGAGGAGGAAGUCGUCCAAGUAA